UCAAAAUGGCCGCCUGUGUGUUGAAGAGACUGAGCUCGCUGGGUUCCAGGGGAGUUUUGGUUGCCUUUAGAGGGGUAUCUCCAAUCAACAGUCACGUCAGGUGUUUUUCUGCAUCGGUGAAGUUGCUGGCUGAUCGAUAUUACACAGACAAACAUGAGUGGGUUGCAGUGGAGAAGAACAUAGGCACAGUAGGAAUCUCAGACUAUGCUCAGGAUUUGUUGGGGGAGGUGGUGUAAGUGCAGUUACCUGAGAUCAGUCAAGAGUUAACCAAGGACGACGAGUGUGGCAGUCUGGAGAGUGUUAAGGCAGCCAGUGAGGUGUUUAGUCCUGUCAGUGGCAUAGUGACAGCUGUCAAUCAUCUGGUUGAAGACAAGCCCCGCCUCAUCAAUGAUUCUCCAUAUGAUAAGGGCUGGUUGUACAAGCUGGAGCUGUCAGACCCCAGUGAACUGAAGGCCAUGAUGGAUGAGACAGCAUACAAGAAGUUCACCGAGUCUUCCAACUAAGUGGAGAAACACAUUAUCUCACUGGGAGGGGAGCCACUAGCAUUCUCACAUUGUAUUGGCUGUCACACAAAAUGUACCAUGUUGGUCCCAGUUAGAGCAAGUUGAAGGACUUGUGUCCUUUUCUCCAUAGGUUUUAAAGUGAAAAAACAAGGUACCCUGAAUCAUGUGUCACAGUCCUAAACAGAUUCCUCAUAAAUCCUUAAUUAGUUAUUAGCAAAGAUUGUACAGUUGUCAGAGAUGCUGCAAUUCACUGUAGAGAGUUAUUUCCCUUUCAUGUGUCAGAGAGUUAUGAUAGAGGGUUCAAAUCCUGGUGCACUCAUAAGCUUCUUGGUUUGUUAGCACCAUGCCUGUGCUUGCUGGUUUAAAAAUGUUUGUGAUCUGCAUCACUUCAAACUCUUUCCCACAUCAAGCUGAUUACCCUUUCUUCAAACUGAAAGACUGCUCAAACCUUAAACCAAGAUCACAUUUACUAAAUUGGUUACUUUUUUCUAGAGUAUGACUCAAGUCCAUACCCAAUAAUUUUGUACACAUUUUAUUUUUCUAGGGGGAAUUAAAGUAAGAAAUGCGAUUGGUGUGCCAUUAUUUUUAUCAAAUCAUGUGAAAAAUUAAUGUGUGCUGGAAAUUAUAUAGCAGGAGUUGUCACUCAUGGGACAAAAGUCUGUUGGUCAUUUGUGUGUAUGCACAAUGACAUCUGGAGGGAGCAACCAUUGAUAUGGCUGGGGUAGGAUGGGUUGACUUUUAGAAAGUCCACAUCUUGUUUUGACAAAAUAUUGAAAAACACAGAAAUAAAAACUGGGCGUCAUAAAGCAGUAUCUAAAAAGGGAUUUUGUCUUUUUAUUAAAAUCCCAGGCUGUUCCCCAAAAA